AUGAGGGAAAGGGGCUUGGCCCGUGCCGUCGGAGUCUGCAACUUCUCGGCAGGGCACAUGUCGCGCCUGGCCGCGACCGGACGCGAGCUUCCUGAGGUGCUACAGGUGGAGCUUCAUUUGGCCCAGCAGCAGCGGGAGCUCGCUGCCUACUGCGCCGGCAACGGCAUCCGCGUCAUGGCCGCCUCGCCGCUGGCUCGUGGCCAGCUCUGCCGUGCCACUGGCAAGCUUCCUGCACUGCAGGAUCUUGCAGGUGUGGCGACCAAGAAGAGCCGGAGUCUAGCGGAGGUCGCCGUGCGCUGGUGCUUGCAGCAGGGUUUCAUCGCCCUGCCCAAGAGCAAGGUGCAGGGCCACCUCGAGGCCAACGCAGCCUUCGGCUUCGAGUUGACCGCGCCGGACAUGAGCGCCCUUCAGUGUCUGGACUCCCGCUUUUCAGUGACCUCGUCGGCGCAGUGCCUGGAGUUCCCCUGGGAGCAGGCUGUGGCAGAGCACUCUGAGGUCAGCGAUGGCGAUGUUGGUGAGGAGAGACCUCGCCGGCGCCGGCGCCGCCGCCGGAAAGGCAAAGGCAAAGGGAAAGGGAAGGGCGGCCAAGAGGGCAAAGGGGGAAGCCGUGCGCCCACAUCCGGCACGGCGGCGCAGCGGGAUGUGUGGCUCCUCCAAAGACAUGAGCCCGUGGGUGCCAGGCAAAGCUUGAGCAAUUUGAGCACCAUGCAGCAGUCUGGAUUUGAGUCUUGCCGAGUCCUGCAGUGCGCCACGGCCAUUGCGACCCGCUCUUCUUGGCCCAGUCUGGAAGGUAUCAGGUAG